AAUCAGUCAAUGCUGGUGAAACAAGUCGAAUGCGAUAGCACAUGGAAGAUAGCUUGUUCUAUGUAAACAUCGCUGCUGUUAGAGGUUGCAACUUAACAAUGUGGUUUCCUUAAUAAAUUAAUAUUUACAUUCCUUCUGCGCGACUAUGGAUGAUCUUUCCGGCCUCGAUUGGUCUUCGACCAACCCGAGUAAAGAUGCCAGCAAACCUCCCCCUAUGAAUUCCAUGAAUUCCAUGAACUCCUUGAACUCCAUGAACUCCACGAACCCGCCUACUCUCUAUCCCACUCUACGACCGACGCCGUCCCCUCAACCUUCCGCCCGAUCCACGCCGCUCUCAACCCAAGGUUCCGCCUUCGCCGCCCCGAAGCCACAAGCGGGAAAGCCGACAACCGAUAGUUUUAGUGGUCUUGUGAGCUUUACCGGCGCCAAAAGCAACGCCAACCUAACCCUUCGAGAACGGCAAGAACAGCUAGAAGCACAGAAACGUCAGAAAGAAGAGGAGGAGAGGCAGAGACUGCAAUCACAAUAUGGAGGUGGCCAAUUUUGGGAUAAUAUCGGUCAGGGUUCUACACCUGCAUCCCGGACCCUUUCUCCAGCUAUUCCAACACCGUCGGUCAGUGGCGGAAUAGCAAGUCAGAAUGGACAGAAGAAAGAUGAUGACGAUGAUCUUUUCGCUGCAUUUAACAGAGAUACAAAAGUUGACAAUGCCAGCCACUUUCCUCCACCUGCACAGCAAUUAUCUAGGAAUAGUACACCAGCUAAUACCGCUCAGCUGGACUUGACUAAUGCCAACGCGUGGAACCAAGCUACGACUUCAAUUGGAGGCGCGCUUGGUGAUGACGAUGACCCAUUCGGCCUGAAUCAGAUGAAGAAGCAACCACACCAGCAAUUGUCACUUAAUGACGACGACGACGAUUUCCUGGGGGAUCUUGCGAAGCCUGUUGACGAGGUGCGGCGCAAAACCCAAGCUGCCCAGCCUAAGCCAGAACCUGGACGGCCUAUCGAGAGCAAUGACUCGGACUCCGAGCCCGAAACUCUUACAACAGGAGCCAGUUCAGAUCCGUUUGACAAGGCUGUCGCGGAAUUAGUCGAGAUGGGUUUCACAGCCGAGAAUGCAAGACGAGGUUUAACGGAAAGUGGCGCAGGUCUAAAUGUUCAAGCAGCCGUUGGGUGGCUCCUAGAUGAUGCGCAUAGGCAAGCUCGUAGUAAGAGGUCCCCGGCGGAAUCCGCUCCCGAACGAACUAGGAGAGACGAUAGCCGUUCUAGGAAUCAUGGCAAUCCCGCAUGGAUGAGUAGAGACCAGGCAGAUGAUCUUCCUGCGCGGAGAGAUAAUCGAUCCCCUGCUUCCGUGGACGAAUUUUCAAGAAGAGCCGCGGCAGUGGGCUCUAGUUUCUUCAAAACGGCUAAUUCCCUUUGGAAAAGCGGACAGAAGCAAGUCCAAAAGGCAGUUGCUGAUUUUCAACAAGAAGGUGGCGACUCUAACCAACCAAAAUGGAUGCGUUCAGCCCAUUUAGACAGGUCGCAUGCAGAAGAGCGCGCGUCUCAAAGUGCCACAGACGAGGCCCUAAUGCUAGAAUCUGGUGCGCGACCAGAGAGACAUUCGUCUAGACCUACUCAGAGCCGACAUAGCGAACCAAGAGAUCAGACACCUGCCUUACCCACUCGACCACGCACACAUUCUCCAGGGGUGGUGCCAAAAUGGCAACAAGCGGUACCACCAAGUUCCCGCGAUCCCAGGGCACGCUUAAACAAGCAAGAGAUUGAGGAGCAAAGUGCACAAGCCUACGUCAGUCCUGCGAGGAGAAAAAAGGCUACACCUCAACCAGCACAUUCAUCUGAGUCUGAGCCUAAUCUGUUAUUUGAUCAGCCAUCUCACCAACCUUCUCAAUCUCAGCCCCGGCGCUCAGCUCAGUCAUCAACUCCUACAAUUAAACCGGCUACACGGGCCCCUUCAAAACCUAUCACCCCACGGCCGGCUCCUCCCGCCCGAAAUAUUCCCUCCAUCCCUCCAUCAACCUUAGAAGCUUCUACACGACACCGGCUCGAAGGAGCAGCUCAUUUCAAAAGGGGAGAUUACGACGCUGCAUAUACAAGUUAUACUAAUUCCCUAACCGGCAUACCACAGUCACAUCCCAUUUGCAUUGUUUUACUUACAAAUCGUGCACUCACUGCUCUCAAGACUGGUAGUCCUAAGCAGGCUGUUAGCGAUGCGGAUGCUGCGAUCAGCAUCAUUGGGCCCUCUCGUGGCGAAGGCGAGAAAGUCGCAUUGCCUGAUGGUGAAACACGCGAUAUGAAAGACCUAUACGGCAAAGCGCUCAGCCGAAAAGCCGAGGCUCUUGAGCAGAUGGAAAAGUGGACAGAUGCUGGGAACGUUUGGCAGCAAUGCGUUGAGGCGGGUGUUGGCGGUACGAACGCAAUUGCAGGUCGACAGCGCUGCCAGAAAGCACUUGCUCCUAAACCUAAACCAGCUCCAAAGCCGGCACAGGUAGCUAAGCCGCGACCAAAACCCUCCGCCGUAUCAGACCUUAACCCGCAAAGAAGCUCGGAAGCGGUGCAGCGCCUUCGGCAGGCCAAUAAGGAAGCUGAGGCAGCUGAUGAUGAAAAGUUUGCGCUUGGCGAGAAAGUCGAUGCUAGGAUUGCUUCAUGGCGUGACGGUAAAAGGGAUAACUUACGGGCCCUACUCGGGAGUCUUGAUCAGGUGCUGUGGGAAAAUAGCGGAUGGAAAAAGGUAGGCUUGCACGAGUUAGUGGUUGCAAACAAGGUCAAGAUACACUACAUGAAAGCCAUUGCUAAGUGUCAUCCUGAUAAGGUGAGUCGUCAAUUUCUAUAUGAGAUUUAGCUACGUUUAUAUGCCGCGUCUCGCAUCCCAUACUAACAGGUCUCAUAUAGCUACCUCAAGAUGCGAGCACG